UUUUCCUCAGAUGCUCCUAGAAACACCUCAGCAUCCAUCAGUCCAUCAGGUUUGGUGUCAGCAGGUAGCUGGGUGGAGCUGAGCUGCUCCAGCAGAGCCAAACCUCCACCCAGAUUCACCUGGUUCAAGAACAACAAAGAUGGAGCCAUUAAUGUAUCUGUGGAGCAAGUUUACAAAUUAAAUGCUACUGAGGGAGGAGAGUUUUACUGUGUGGCUACAAAUGGUCUGGGUAACAAAUCAUCAUCAGUUGUACUAGUUACUACGAAACGUGAAAAUCUUUUGGUGCCCGUCACCGUGGGGAUCAUUGUGGUCAUCUGCUUUCUUGUUUUUCUGGUUGUGUCUAUUUGGUAUUUUAAGACCAAACAUUCAGCGCCACAAAAGGCUCAGGUGGGGAGUCGAGUGGGUGGUGUUCAGAAUUCAGCAUUUGAGAAAGAGGAAGAACUGCAUUAUGGGGAAGUCAGAAUCAUCGAGAAGACGCCUAAAACGGCAGUGAUUCCAGUGCAUGACAAUGAACAGCAGGAGACGGUGUACGCACAGGUCACAGUAUCAAAACCAGGAAACGUCUCAACACAGGCUGCUGACAGUCCAGAGAAUAACUACGCUGAAGAGAAGAAAAAAUAAUGUUUGUUGUGAGAUAAUUUUUUUUCUUUUGCUUUGUGUUAUGAAUCAAUUCACUUUAGAUGAAAAGAGGAUUUGUUUCUUUCAACAUGCAGGUCCUCAAGUUUUUAUGGUCUUUACUCCAUUUUCUCCAACAAUUUCAACAUUCAACUUUUUCUCAGCUAAGAAUUUCAAACAGGUCUUUUUUUUUCUUUUUUUUUUUUUAUCAGGGCUAUUUGGUAUAGUUUUUUGAAAAUUUAGUAGCCUUUAUUGACACUGCUUUGUCUAAUUUUGAAAAUGUUUAGCAAACUCGGCUUCCACUAAAUUAUUUUUUAACCAGAUGAAUUGUAAAGAACUAAUUUAAGUGGCUGAUUUGUAAAUUUUGAGUUGGAUAAACUUUAAAAUGUGAAUUGCUUUGGUUGACUUCAAGUUAGCCAUUUAUAUUCACUCUUAUUUUGAGAGGGGUUAAACUCUUUAUGUGGCAGUUCAGUUUCCUUUCCUUAUAUUCUGUCUCUUUUGUUCCUCCAAUAACUUUAUUUAAAAUAAAUAUACAAGACCAAAUAAAAUGGACAACAGAAAACAAGAUAUGAACAUAAAUGCAUUAUUGAAAUCUGAAAUAAUGUCAAAAUUACUGUCCAGUUAGGACAAGUUUAUAUUAAAAGUAAAGAUUGCUUUAUCCUUGGAUCACUAAAAUCAAUGUUCAAUUCAAGGAUAACCGUGUCAGCAGUUUGCAGCUAAACUGCUAUUGAUUAUGUUUCUUCUAUAGCCAGGAUUAAAUCAAAUCCUUUGUAAACAGUUUUGAUCUGCUUAUACAAAUGAAAUGUUUUGGAUUUAUUUGACUAUACGUUUGAUCUUUUUGUCAUAAUGU